AUGCCGGCGGCGGCCGGGGACGGGCUUCUGGGGGAUCCGCUGUCGGGGCCCUUCGGGGAGGGCGGCGGCGGAGGCGGGGGCGGCGGGGAGCCCUUGGCGGCCUCUCCCCCUCUGGCGCUGGCCCUGGCCCUGGCCCCCGAGGGGCUGCCUGCUGCUCUUCCUGCUGCUGCUCCUUCCUCCCCGGCGCCCGCCUGGCUCAGCGCCUCGGCCGCCCGGGAGCGGCUCCGCGAGUUCCCCCACACCAAGCGGGUGGGCAACUACCUGGUGGGCAGGAAGCUGGGCGAGGGCUCCUUCGCCAAGGUCCGAGAGGGGCUCCACGUCCUCACCGCCGAGAAGGUGGCAGUGAAAGUUAUUGACAAGAAGAGAGCCAAAAAGGACACCUAUGUCACCAAGAAUCUGAGGCGGGAGGGUCAUAUCCAACAAAUGAUCCGACACCCUAACAUUGCUCAGCUCCUGGAUAUCUUGGAAACAGAAAAUAGUUACUAUCUUGUCAUGGAGCUAUGCCCAGGAGGCAACCUGAUGCACAAAAUCUAUGAGAAAAAGAGACUGGAGGAACAUGAAGCACGCAAAUAUAUCUGGCAGCUUAUUCUAGCUGUUGAGCAUCUACAUCGUGCAGGGGUGGUCCACAGAGAUUUGAAGAUAGAAAAUCUCUUGCUGGAUGAAGACAACAAUAUCAAACUUAUUGAUUUUGGCUUGAGCAACUGUGCAAGUAUCUUGGGAUACACUGAUCCAUUCAGCACACAGUGUGGCAGUCCAGCCUACGCAGCACCUGAACUUCUUGCAAGGAAAAAAUAUGGUCCCAAAAUAGAUGUUUGGUCCAUUGGUGUGAAUAUGUAUGCAAUGCUGACUGGAACGCUGCCCUUUACUGUGGAGCCAUUCAGUUUGAGAGCGUUGUAUCAGAAAAUGGUAGACAAAGAAAUGAAUCCUUUCCCUACUCAGCUAUCCACAGCUGCUGUAAACUUCCUACGAUCUCUGCUAGAACCAGAUCCUGCAAAGAGGCCAAAUAUCCAACAGGCUUUAGCAAAUCGUUGGCUUAAUGAGAAUGGCAAACCACUGAAUAAUGUCAUAUAUCCAAACAGAAUUCACCUAGAAGACAUAAGCCAAAAUGUGCUGCUCUACAUGACUGAAAAGCUUGGCUAUAAGAACAGUGAUGUGAUCAAUACUGUCCUCUCUAACAGGGCUUGCCACACUCUUGCCAUCUAUGUCUUGCUUAAUAAGAAGCUGGAGCGGUAUUUGGCCAGUCUUAGAAAGACUGACAUUCCUGAUAAUGUGUACAUGAACCAGAUAUGUCGGAUAGAGAAAUACAAAUCAAACAAGGAAUCUUAUGAGGACAAAAAGGCCAAGGAACAAGAAACAAAAGAAGAGCUCCUUCACCCACUUCUGAAGAAAUCGGAGAAAAAUCCUGCUUCCUACAAAGAACCUUCCUCCUGCCUUACAACUCAAAUACAAAAUGCGAAAGCCCUGUUAAGCGAUCGCAGAUCUAGCCAUGGUGGUGCAUCUGAGAAAGAUUCUCCAGGUGGUUUGAGCCCUUUCCAUGAAUCAGCAUCAGCCAAAACAGGUUGCGUCACCUCGUAUUCUUUGGAGUACCUUGAGAUUCAGCAACCUGCUCCGAGGACCCCAAGGCUCACAAAGCGGCAAGAUUCACCUCAACAAGAGCCCUCCAGUCCUGGCAGCCAGAACUUGGAUUCUCCCUUGAUUCUAAAUAUUGUACAUUCUUUUGAAACUGGUGACAGAGAGGAUCAAAUAGACCAAGUUUCCCCCACACACCAGUAUCGAAUGCUGAGCUCACCAGUAAAUUUUGGUCGGAGAAGUUCCAGCGAAAGGACAUUGUCUCCACUCUUCCAGCCUGGAGGCACUUCUCCCAGUCCCACGAAAAGUCCAGUUCAUCCCACUCAGCUCUCCUUCACAUAUGAUGAAAAGAGCAGUUCUUUCCGAGAGGAAGCUGUCUCACCAACACAGCUAAAUAAUACAUCUAAUCCUCUGGGGAGUCCUAAUUGUGUGAAGAGCAGAGGCCGUUUUCCCAUGAUGGGGAUUGGACAGAUGAUGAGGAAACGCAAUCAGUCAGUAGGAUCACCAACAGAGAAAACGCUGGAAGCAAGAAUGCCUCAGCUGCAGCAAAUGAGUCCAACACAGAUUUCAUUCAAUAUAAUGGACCCUAUAAAUGGACAGUGCUGAAAUGUCCAUACUGAAAGUUUAAGCUUAUGUGUACUGCUGGUUUCUGGGACUUUUCCAUAGAGGUAGUGAAGACUUGGUAGUUACAAUAUUUUCUCUGUAUAGUUUGUCAUCACAUCUAAUAAGAAAAUUGCGGGACCACAUACUUUAGUGGUGUUUGGCUAAUGCAGUUGACAAAAGGACAACUAUUUUAAGUGUUGAAAAGACUAAUUUCAUUUUAAAGGCCUACAUAAUCUUUCCAAGGUUGGUAUUUUUGGUACAUUUGGGUUGUAUCAUAUUACACACAAGCCUAUGUCAGCAAAAGACCAUUCCACUUAACAGCUUGGUUUAACAGUGAAAACAGAAUCAUAGAAUGGUCCUUUUGCAUCUAAUGUCAUGGUUGAUGGACUUGUUAGGCAAUAGCCAUAAUUUCUGCUUCACAGGCCCAUGCUUGAUUACAUCACUCAAAGAGAGGAAGAAUAAUAACAGAUAAAAUGGGUUUACCCCUUGUUUCUAAAGAAGGUGCGCUCUCAUAAUUCAUGUACAGGGAUAAUGAAGAAACAGGACUUCAAAUAAAAGCACAAAAACUAGAUGUUCAGAAAGUUGAUAAAGCAGAUUUUACAUUAAAUCAGUCUAUAUUUUUCCUAAAAGAAAAUGUUCAUUUGAUAAGAGAUGCUGCUGUAAUCAUCUCAUACUCAUUUGGCCCUAGGGAAAUCUUUGUUUGCACUCCUCUUCUCAACAUGUGUGUGCUUAAAAUAGUCCAUAUUCCUAAAGGCUCUGCUGAAAAAAAGGUAGCAAUUUCUUCUUUGUAUAGGUGUAUUAUUUCUGUGGAACCACCCCCCAAAAAACUGCACACAACUUGGUUUUAGCAAAAUAGCAUUGGAAAUACUUGAAAAUGUUGCUGAGAAAUGCUGCAUUGCAUUAAGUGGAGUUACUGAAGGACACAUCUGCUCGCUCCAAUGCCAUUUGCAAAUGGUAGGAAUGGCAAGGCAGUUAGAUAUCAAAAAUUCAUUCGUGCUAUGAACUGUGAAGACUAACUUUGUGAAAGGUAACCACAUUCUGUACUCUUCAGCUCUUUUUAGUUCACAGUAAAGAAAUUGUCUGCAUAAUGAAGUAGGCCUUUUUGUGAAAAUAAUUUCUUAUAAAUAUACAGGGUUUUAACCAAAGACUCUUCUAUGGUUUAUCUGUGCCCUGCUAGCACAUGAGUUAUGUGUACAGCAUUGUUGGUCAUUGUUCACAUUAGUCUGGCACAGUGGCAAUUGAUCACUAAUGACGUGUACAUCUUCCCUUUUGUUUAGCAUAGAUAAUAGAUAUACAUCUUCAUGAAAGAUAAAUAAGAAUAACUGGUUAGAAGGUUAUUGAAAGAUUGUUGAUAAAAUUAUGGUUUUAAGUCAUUUGAUGACUCUUUGGUGUUGUUGUUUUUUUAAAAGCAUUAUUAUACCAUUCCCCUUUGCCCCCAAGUGCUCUUGAGUCACAAAGAAUAUUGGAUCAC